UUUUCCUUUUUCCCUUCUUUUUUAUCAAUUCUUUUAAACAAUAUCUUGAAAUGUGUGCCAAUAAAAAGAAUAAUGCAGCUAUUUAAUUUAUAUCAAGAAUGAGAAUGUCGUUAAGACGGCCUUGAUAUUUACCUACGUGUAUAAUUGGCACAUUAACCUACAAAACCAGUGACAGUUAUGUUGUACGAUGAUGUGAACCAUACGUGAGUUUCGUGAAAUUAAAGUGAACGUAUUAAGUGACACAUUUGGAUCGCAGAACGGAGAUUUCGAAUUGCGAUUUCUCUCGAUGCCUUCGUGACGACAAAUGUAAAAAAAUAUCAAUCUCAAAAAUCGGUUUGUGCGUCGGAGUAAACGUGUCGUGCACUAUGUCGAGUCCUGAUGGAAAGUCCAACGAGCCAUAUCGCCAGUUAGAGGAAUCGCACGGUGCCGAGUUGAACAUUUACGCUCGCAGCACAUCGAGUUGCCACCCGAGCCUCGAAAAUGGCACUGAACGAUCGAUGGAGCUUUCAUCCGUUGUGGUUAUACCCGAUGAUACAUUCACCGUGGUACAAGCCAUCAAUGCCUUGGGCUUCGGGAAGUUCCAAGUAAAAUUGUCUCUGUUCACGGGUCUUUGUUGGAUGGUAGACAGUAUGGAGAUUACGAUACUGAGCAUCCUCAGUCCAUCGUUGCAUUGCGAUUGGGGCAUUUCUAGAUAUCAGCAAGCACUGACGACAACAGUAGUCUUUCUUGGUAUGAUGUUAAGCUCCACUUUCUGGAACAUUCUGAGCGACAGAUACGGCCGCAAACAAGCUUUAACUUUGUGCGCAGUACUUCUGUCUUACUACGCGUUUCUAAGCUCGUUUGCACCAAGCUUCCUCUGGAUCCUACUGCUCAGAGGAGUUGUUGGGUUUGCUAUUGGUUGUGUGCCACAAUCGGUAACACUAUACGCAGAAUUUCUGCCAGCGAAACAACGAGCCAGAUGCGUUAUCCUAUUAGACUGUUUCUGGGCUCUCGGCGCUUGUUUCGAGGUCGCGAUUGCCUUGAUCGUCAUGCCCAACUUCGGAUGGCAGUGGCUUCUGAUACUAUCAUCCGUCCCGCUGUUCAUCUUUGCUGUAAUAACACCGUGGCUUCCGGAGUCUACGAUGUUCGACAUGGCAAACGGGAGAACGGACCUCGCAAUCGCGACGUUGGAGCGCGUAGCUAGAGAAAAUAAAAAAUCAUUACCUCUAGGGAGACUAGUGAUGGAUCGAUUCUAUCAGUCUCAUCACAGUCGACUCAAGGAUGUUCUUAGUAAAGAAAUGUGCAAAACGUCCACUUUAUUGUGGCUCGUAUGGAUGAGUACAGCAUUCUGUUAUUACGGCGUGGUGCUGAUGACGACGGAACUCUUUCGCACAUCGUCGGAGCAGUGCGGUGCGUGGGGCACGACGAGCAAAGACGAGGGCGCGUGCCAGCUCGAGUGCCAAUUACGGCGUGGCGACUACAUCGAUCUGCUCUGGACGACGUUAGCCGAGUUCCCCGGGAUUUUCUCCACCGUUUUCGCGAUCGAGAAGAUCGGCAAGCGAAAAACGAUGGCUUGCCAGCUGGUGAUGUUUGCCAUGGUGGUCUGCUUCCUGGGCAGGACCUGCCUGUUGAGUCGCGCGUCGUUGACCAUCGCCAUCUUCUUAGCGAGGGGCCUGAUCGCCGGCGUGUUUCAAGCCGCGUACGUCUACACGCCAGAAGUGUACCCCACGCAUUUGCGUAGCGUAGGCGUGAGCGCGUGUAGCGCCAUGGCGCGAAUCGGCGCGAUGGUUACUCCGUACAUCGCGCAGGUGUUUCUACAGUGGUCGAUCACAGGUGCAAUGGCUAUUUACGCGGCAACUGCACUGUGCGCUGCCAUCGCCACGUUUGCGCUCCCCCAAGAUCCGAAUGAGGACACUGAGUGGAAUGAUAUUCUCAGAAGAAAAGGCAUCAUACCUGAAAGGAAGAAAGAGCAAGAGAUCACGGAAGAUCAAAUAGUAAACCUCAUAGAGAGUACCAUAGACGAGAAAACAGGCCAUGCGUCUAAUGACUUGGAAGGGAAGAGCUUGGAUGAACUGGACGAGCUGGAGGACGAGGAGGAUGAACGGGUUCUCGAGGAGUACCGACAAAGGAGGAUAGCAGAGAUGAAAGAGCUGGCGAACAAGUCCAAGUACGGAGAGGUACGAGAGAUAUCCGCCGAGGACUACGUCCGAGAGGUCAACAAUGCCGGCGAGGAGAUCUGGGUCGUUCUGCAUCUUUAUAAAUCCGGCAUUCCGCUCUGCACCCUGAUCAAUCAGUAUCUCGGUAGCCUGGCGAGGAAGUUUCCUACCACGAAGUUUUUGAAGAGCAUCUCCACCACCUGUAUUCCUAACUGGCCUGACGGCAAUCUCCCCACGAUAUUCAUCUACCACAAUGGGAAUAUGACGAAGCAGAUUAUUGGCCCUCUCGAGCUGCGUGGCAUGAAAUUGACCGAAGCAGAGUUGGAGUGGAUGUUGGGGCAAGGGGAGGCAGUAUCGACAAACAUUAAAGAAGAUCCUCGACCCAAAGUAAGGGACGUGUUAUUUACAAGCUUGAAGAAUGGAAACGAUAACGACGAUGAUGGUAAUGACUGGUAAUUUACUAAGUCAUUUUGAGAUUGUUAUACAAACAGAUACCUAAUAAGUAUUAUCUCAGGUAUAUAAAAAUGGUUUGACAUCUUAUUUAUUUUAUAUGAUUAUUGUGGCAUGUAUAAAUGAAUUCACUUGCAAAUAUUGUUUUCGAAAUUGUUAUAUAUAAUACUGUUCGUUUUAAUAAAAUAUUUUACUAUAUUAUCUCUCA